GGAGUUCGGGUUGCCCUCGUACCCUGGGCUGAUCUGCACCACCCGCUGCGUAUCCACGGAGGCCGAGACGCACCCAUGGUUCUUGGAGGUGCUGCACAGGCAUGGUCCAGCCUCGACUCCUCACCCUCCUCAUAGCACUGUCUGCCAACGUUCAGAGGGCAUCAGCUGUGGUCCUGGAGAACACGCUGGAGAAGUGGCAGAGAUACUAUGACGAUUGUAUCAGGAACAUCACCAGGGACCCGCAGCCGAAAGGUGUGGUCUGUAACCGGACCUUUGACAAGUACGCCUGUUGGCCCGACGCCCUCCCCAACACCACCGCCAAUGUCUCCUGUCCCUGGUACCUGCCUUGGUAUCAUGCAGUGCAGGGCGGCUCCGUGUUCAGGAGGUGUGGGCUGGAUGGUGAGUGGCUGACGGACUCGGUGAAGCAGCCCUGGAGGGACAGCAGCCAGUGUGAAAACGACCCCAACGAUGACCAAGCUCAGGAGCAUGGCAGGAUUCUAGACGGGUUCAUAGUGAUGUACACAGUUGGAUUCUCCCUCUCCCUGGCAACCCUUGUGUUGGCGUUGGGAAUUCUGGUGGGAUUCAGGAAGCUCCACUGCAUGAGGAACUACAUCCACAUGAAUCUCUUUGCCUCCUUCAUUCUGCGAGCCAUGUCCAUCCUCGUCAAAGAUGCCCUCUUCAAAACGCAGUUUCCCGAGGCCGUCAACAUUGAAGUCUGGUUCAACAACGAGACUGCGGCGGGGUGUCGGACUGCACAGGUGCUGAUGCAGUACUGCAUCGGGGCCAAUUACUACUGGCUGCUGAUCGAGGGCAUCUACCUGCACAAUCUGCUGGUGGUCACCGUCUUCUCAGAGAUGAGCUACUUCAACACCUACUUGUGUAUCGGCUGGGGAUCACCGCUGUUGUUCGUUGUUCCAUGGAUAGUCGUGAAAUAUUUGUAUGAAAACACUGGGUGCUGGAUGACCAAUGAGAACAUGGCGUACUGGUGGAUCAUCCGUACCCCCAUCCUGCUCUCCAUCUUGAUCAAUUUUUUCAUUUUUAUCAGGAUCAUCCACAUCUUGGUCUCCAAACUCCGCGCCCACCAGAUGGGAUACACUGACUACAAACUCAGGCUGGCCAAGUCGACGUUGACGCUGAUCCCGUUGCUGGGCAUCCACGAGGUGGUGUUUGCCUUCGUCACCGACGAGCAGGCCCGGGGAACACUGCGGCACGUCAAACUCUUCUUCGAACUCUUCCUCAACUCCUUCCAGGGAAUGCUGGUCGCCAUCUUGUACUGCUUCAUCCACAGAGAGGUCCAGUGUGAGUUGCUGAAACGCUGGAGGCGUUGGAAGUUGGGCAAGGUUCUGGAGGAGCAGUACCGCCACAUGUGCAGCAUUCCCCCUGCCGCCUCUGCUGCCCUGCCCCCAUGCAGCGGCAGCCUGGCCGAGCAGCGACUGGUGCGGGGUGGCAGAGACGGGCCGAACGGCUGCGCGCAUCCAUGGCCGGGGCCAGGGCCGGAUACGGCCUCAGUGCCGCUGCGCUGCCUCCUGCUCUCCCGGGACCCCGGGCAGGGGGCACUCUGCCAGAUGGAGAGCAACUGUUAGCCGGCAGCCCCGGGGCCCCACAGCCGGGGGAAGAGAGACCCCCCCCCUCCGGCAACCCGACCCCUCGCACAUCCGUGCAGCAGGCCAGGACACCGGCUCCCGGCAGUGCCUCAUCGCAGGCAUAUGCUGCAGGUGCAAGGAUGUGGCUCUGACUCUGGGCUCCAAUGCAGCAGCUGUGGCUCCGAUUCAGCAACAUGGUGGUCCAGUGCAGCACAUAUGUGGCUCCAAUGCAGCAGCUGUGGGGCGCCCCUGUCUCGCAUUGCAUUCAGGGGGGACCUAACAACCAAAAGGGACACACACACACACACACGUACACACGUACACACACACACACACACGUACACACACGUACACACGUACACACACACACACACACACACGUACACACACGUACACACGUACACACACACACACACGUACACACACGUACACACACGU